AUGCGGUGGACUUGCUUGAAAGAUUUACUGUAUCGUGAAGGAAUUGAUACCAGUCAUCGUAGGCUAUUACUUUCUAUGAAUAUUAUAGUCCCUGAUGAACCUUCUUUUAGCAAAUCACCGGACGGAAUUGUCGAAUUCCAAAUUGCUUCACCUAAUAGAGGAUUAGUAAGUAUUAACAGAUUAAUAUUUGAUUAUGCUACUUACUUACUACCUUAUUAUGUAUUACCAAGACAAACUGUGAGUGGUUUGCUAUGUUUUACAAAACGGCAUGACGCAUUUGCGAUAUAUAACCCUAUCACCGGAGAAAGAUCACCUUGGAUUGAAGCUAAACGGACACUAAGGAGGAAAUAUAGCAGCAUUGGUUUUGGAUUUAAUCCGCAGAGUGGUGAGCAUAAAGUCAUCUGGAUAUCAAGUAAUAAAUGUGGUUCAAAGCAAGUUGUGAAAAUCUUUACUGUUGGCAAAAAUACAUGGAGAAGCAUUGAUGCAAUUACACCUAUCAGUAUAAGUCAAAUUGGUGAUGAUCAAUAUCCUUUUCAUGUAAAUGGUUGUUUAUACUGGCGGUUUCGAUGGAGACGCGAAAGUGAACAAGAACUAUUGAUGAGAUUUGAUAUGGUAACUGAAAAGUUCAGAGUCAUUCCAAUUCCUACUUUCUUCAUUGAGAAAAAGAUACUAACUGUUGAGCUAACAGAAAUUGAUGGACGCAUAGCUGUAUUACAUUGGAUACAUGAAUUCGAAAUUUCUCUAUGGACAUUUCAUGAAGAUGCAGAUGGUAACAUUAAGUGGAGUGAGGAGAUUAUUUGUAUGCCUCUCCACUGGGAUAAGAAACUAGAUCUUUCAAUUGAAGCUCUAUGGGGGACAAAUCUAAUUUUUCUAUGA